AUGAACCGCGACAACACUCUCCCACCGCCCGUUCAGUCCGAGCCCAACUCGACUGCAACCUCCCCUAGAGCCAGCAUGUUCGCUACCUUCCCCCGCAACCCUCCCCCGUCCUCGAACGCGAACCCUCGGGGCAGAACUCCGCAAUCGAGAAGAGUUAGCAGCAGCACAGUCAACAGCGCAUCUCCUAGUACCGAGCGCCCUGAACAAGACAAGCCCGUACCCAUUGGCAAGAUCGGUAUCUGCGCUCUUGACAGCAAGGCCAGAAGCAAGCCCAGUCGUAACAUUCUGAACAGGCUCAUCAAAGAGGGCGAGUUCGAGGUCAUUGUCUUUGGUGACAAGGUCAUCCUGGACGAAGAUGUCGAGAAUUGGCCCGUCUGCGACUUUCUCAUCUCCUUCUUCUCCGAAGGCUUCCCUCUGGACAAGGCUAUCGCAUACGCCAAACUGCGCAAACCCUUCUGUGUUAAUGACCUACCCAUGCAGACCAUCCUCUGGGAUCGCCGUAUCUGCCUACAAAUCCUCACAAAGCUCAACGUCCCCACGCCCGAACGUGUCGAAGUCAACCGCGACGGAGGUCCCAAGGUGCAAUCUGCCGACAUUGCCCAGAGAUGCUUCGAGAAGACUGGCCUCCGAUUCCCUGUACUGGGCAGCCAGCCCGAGCCCGAGUCACAGCAAACCGCAAACCCUGUCGUGGAAUUGCUGGACGAUGGCGACACCAUCUCAGUCGACGGCAAGACUCUGACCAAGCCUUUCGUCGAGAAGCCCACCGACGGCGAAGAUCACAACAUCCACAUCUACUAUCCUAAGAGCCAGGGAGGAGGUGGCAGAAGAUUGUUCCGCAAGGUCAACAACAAGAGUUCGGAAAAGGACGAGACUUUGACAGUACCCAGAUCUAUCACAGAACCUGGAAGCAGCUACAUCUACGAACAGUUCCUUAAGGUGGAGAAUGCUGAAGAUGUCAAGGCUUACACCGUCGGUCCCGAAUACUGCCACGCUGAGACCAGAAAGUCCCCUGUCGUUGAUGGUGUCGUCAAGCGUAACCCCAACGGUAAGGAGGUUCGCUAUGUCACAAGCUUGAGCAAGGUAGAGGCCGGUAUGGCCUCAAGAAUUGCCGAAGGUUUCGGACAACGCGUGUGUGGUUUUGACCUGCUCCGUGUGGGCGAGAAGAGUUACGUUAUCGACGUCAAUGGCUGGAGUUUUGUCAAGGAUAACAACGACUACUACGACAAAUGCGCAAACGUCCUGAAGAGCAUGUUUAUCCGCGAAAAGGUCAGAGUGGAGAACAAGCAACAGCAACAACAACAGCAACAGCAGCAACAGGCUACUUCCGCUCCCACGUCGGCACCAGAGGACAACUACGAAAGAGAAGCUCCUGGAACACACCGUAAAAGCACCGUCUCAAACCACCGCAGCCAUCUCAAGUCAGUCUUCCGCUCCGCCAGCGCCAACAGACUACGAGAAAUGGCCAACAAGAAGCCUGGCUCGCCCGAAAUAUCCCAGCUCCCGUCUCCUAUCACCUCACCGCCAAACUUCGAGACGCUCCCUCUUCCUCGCAGUCCCGGCAUUCCUCAAACAGAGCAGCUCCCUCCUGCUAUGCUUGAUGAGAAUCACCAGUACCAGACUUUGCAGGAGUCUAUCCACGAAGAGGAACACCAUGAGCCCGUCCCCGCCCCUGCUUCCAAGUCGCAAUGGAAGCUCAAGGGAAUGGUUGCUGUCAUUCGUCAUGCCGACCGUACACCCAAGCAAAAGUUCAAGUUCACCUUCCACACAAAGCCUUUCGUCGAUCUGCUCAAGGGUCAUCGUGAGGAAGUCUUGCUUGUCGGAGAAGCUGCCCUGAAGAGCGUACAGGAAGCCGUCCAACAAGCCCUGCGCGAGGGCGAGGAGGACCAGACCAAGCUCCGCACUCUGUCCAACGCACUUGACAAGAAGGGUAGCUGGCCCGGUACAAAGGUCCAGAUCAAGCCCAUGUUCCGUAAGAGAAGACAGGAAGAGCUCCCCGCCGAACUCCAGGACAAGGUUUCCGUCGAUCAGGACGGCAAUGCAAAGCCAAAGGCUGAUCCUCUGCAGACUGUUGAUGCAGAGGCUGCUGACAAGCACUCGCGCAGUGAGUCCAUGUCGGACGUAACAUUGUCCAGGAUCUCCGCUGCCGAGAACAACCUUGUACUCGACAAGCUGCAGCUCGUCAUGAAGUGGGGUGGUGAACCUACUCAUUCUGCUCGUUAUCAAGCUCAGGAUCUUGGUGAUAACAUGAGGAACGACCUGCUCUUGAUGAACAAAGAUGCCCUCAGAGAUGUUCGCGUCUUCACCUCAUCAGAACGUCGUGUCUCUACCAGUGCCCAAAUCUUCACCGCCUCCUUUUUGGACCAGAAAGAGCUUGAUCCAGACUUCAUCUCGGUCCGUAAGGAUCUUCUGGACGAUUCGAAUGCAGCCAAGGAUGAGAUGGACAAGGUCAAGAAGAAGCUGAAGGGGCUUCUCCGCCAAGGCAAGCAAGCUCCCGAGCAGUUUGCUUGGCCCAAGGACGGCACUCCCGAGCCUUACUUGGUUGUCCGCAGUGUCGUUGAGCUGAUGAAGUUCCACCGUCGCGUCAUGCUUCAGAACUUCACCAGACUUCGUCCUGAAGGAGAAGGAGGACCACCUAUCAAAAGCCCACCUAGCAAUGCCUCAUCGGCCAGCCUUGAGACAACCAAGAGCGAGACUACUGGUCUUGACGCCAAACAGAUCCAGUCAAGAUGGUGCUGCGGUGAAGAUGCCUCGUUGUUCAAGGAACGUUGGGAGAAGCUCUUCAAGGAAUUCACCGAUGCCGAAAAGGUCGACCCUAGUAAGAUUAGUGAGCUCUACGACACGAUGAAGUUUGAUGCCCUGCACAAUCGUCAGUUCCUUGAAUGGGUCUUUACCCCAAGCGGCGACAUGGUUGAUGACGACCAAGAACGACCCGACACUCUCAAGCGUACCGCCUCUGCAGACAUGAGAGAAGAGUUUGGUCAGACACACGAAGGUCUCAAACCAGCAAAGGAGGCGACUCAACCCGACAAGGACGGCCAGCCUGCCAAGCAGCAAGACAAGGAGAAGAGUGAUGAUAAAGACAAAUUAUCUCACAUGGCAAGCUUGAGAAGACGUUCCGAGAAUGCUUCCACGACCUUCAAGAACGCUCAAGCUACUUUGGCUAAUCGUGUCUCUGGUCACCCCGAGUCGUACUUCUCGCUCUUCACCGGCAACAGAGAUCUUCCCGAGUCAAAGGCAAAGAUUGACGAGCGUCUCGAGAAACUGAGAGAGCUGUACCGUUUCUCGAAGGUACUCUUCGACUACAUUGGUCCUCAAGAGUAUGGUAUGCUGGAGAGCGAGAAGCUCGAGAUUGGUCUUCUAACCAGUCUUCCCUUGCUCAAGGAGAUUGUCACCGAUCUGGAGGAAGUGCAAGCGUCCGAAGACGCCAAGUCGUUCAUCUACUUCACCAAGGAAUCUCACAUCUACACUCUCCUCAACUCCAUCAUUGAAGGUGGUGUGCAAACCAAGAUUGCCCGCAACGCCAUCCCCGAACUCGACUACCUUUCGCAAAUCUGCUUCGAACUCUAUGAAUCUCAGAACGAAGCACCCACAGACGGCUCCGAAGGCAGCUGCUUCAACUACAGCAUUCGCAUCACCCUCUCGCCUGGUUGUCAUGCUUUCGACCCGCUUGACGUCCAGCUUGACAGCAAGCACUGUAUUGGCUGCACUCCUCGCAGAAGUCUGACCCCUCAUGUUGAGUGGAAGGAGAUUCUCGAGACACUGAGAGCCAAAUUCCACACUGUCAAAUUGCCCAAGAGUUUCCUGGCCGUCAACUUGAGUGAGAAGGUUCCUCAGGCCUUUGCUGCUCCAGAAGAGGGUUCUGCUGAGCCCAAGGUUGUUGGUGUGGAGGCCAGUCCCAUUGCUCCUGCUCAUCAACCUUGA